UUGCUAUUAAGACAUUUGUCAAAAAUAAAUAUUCUCAAGCAAUUUAUUUCUCUUCUAAUCCUCACGAUGAGCCAUAAUACCAGAGGAACCUCACUUUCUUCUCACAAUCUUCAUAAUUCGGACGAGAGAGUCCCUCUUCGAUCAGAUUCAGACCAGUCUUGUCUGAAUUCAAGCCCAGAGUUCGAUUUUUGCCUUCGUCAGAACUCAAAACAACGGUUUUCUCACGCAGAAGAACUCUUCUCUGACUGGAAAAACCUCUCUCUCACUACCCCUGCCACGGUCUCGAAGAAGACAGAGAUUACUCCUCCUAGAAGCAAUGUACAAACCCUAGCUGCGAAAUCCGAUACAAGAGACUCUGACUCGGAUGAUCCAAGUUUUGGGUGUGGGUUUUGGCUUGUCAGAAGCAAAUCUGUUGGGUACUCGAUGAGAAACAAGAAGAAAGAUUCUUCUUCGGAAUAUCAUCGGAGCAAUAGCGAUCCACAGAAAAAGAAGAAGACGAGUUUGCAGAAGAUGAAUUCUACAGAGAUUAGGGUUCCAAGAUCCACUAAAAGUCAUUCGUUGAAUGUCCCAUUGGCUGAUAUAUUUUGCUUAGGCCCUGUGAUUUCCGGCAGCCACGAUCGGAGAAAGUGAAGAGUGUUUUUCUUAACCCAAAUCACGAACUAAUUUCCAAAACUUAUGAAAACCCGGUUUUUCUUACCAUUUAGAACGUUAAUAGUGGUUGUAUUUGAUUUUUUAUUAUUUAUUAUUGCUAUUAAAUUUGGAGUUUAAAGACUAAAUAGAACUUAAGGCGGAUAGAU